AUGGCGCUGGCGGCGGGCCCCGGGCCUGGCUGUGGCGGCGGCGGGGCGGCGGCAGCGAUGCCGGGGGCGGCGGCGGGGGAGACGAAGGUGAUUUACCACCUGGACGAGGAGGAGACGCCCUACCUGGUCAAGAUCCCCGUCCCGGCCGAGCGCAUCACCCUGGGCCACGUCAAGGCGGCCCUCGCCCGGCCGGGAGCCAAGUACUUCUUCAAGAGCAUGGACCAGGACUUCGGGUACGCGACCCCGGAGAGAGAGAGAGAGAGGAAGGAAGGGGAGGAGGAAGAAGGGCCCGCCGGCCUCCCCCCGCGCAAGGAGAGAGACCUCCAGGGGAAGGGACCCCGGCGUCCGAGAGAGGGAGAGGCACGCCCACCCCCUCAGCUCCUUGGGACCCAGGCGUCCGAGAGAGGGAGAGGCACGCCCGCCCCCUCAGCUCCUGGGGACCCAGGCGUCCGAGAGAGGGAGAGGCACACCCACCCUCUCAGCUCCUGGGACCCAGGCGUCCGAGAGGGAGAGGCACGCCCACCCCCUCAGCUCCUGAGGACCCAGGCGUCCGAGAGAGGGAGAGGCACACCCACCCUCUCAGCUCCUGGGACCCAGGCGUCCGAGAGAGGGAGAGGCACACCCACCCUCUCAGCUCCUGAGGACCCAGGCGUCCGAGAGAGGGAGAGGCACAGCCACCCUCUCAGCUCCUGAGGACCCAGGCGUCCGAGAGAGGGAGAGGCACACCCACCCUCUCAGCUCCUGGGACCCAGGCGUCCGAGAGGGAGAGGCACGCCCGUCCCCUCAGCUCCUGGGGACCCAGGCGUCCAAGAGAGGGAGAGGCACGCCCGUCCCCUCAGCUCCUGGGGACCCAGGCGUCCAAGAGAGGGAGAGGCACCCCCGCCUCCUCAGCUCCUGGGGACCCAGGCGUCCAAGAGGGAGAGGCACGCCCACCCCCUCAGCUCCUGGGGACCCAGGCGUCCGAGAGGCACGCCCGUCCCCUCAGCUCCUGGGGACCCAGGCGUCCGAGAGAGGGAGAGGCACGCCCACCCCCUCAGCUCCUUGGGACCCAGGCGUCCGAGAGAGGGAGAGGCACGCCCGCCCCCUCAGCUCCUGGGGACCCAGGCGUCCGAGAGAGGGAGAGGCACGCCCGCCCCCUCAGCUCCUGGGGACCCAGGCGUCCGAGAGAGGGAGAGGCACGCCCGCCCCCUCAGCUCCUUGGACCCAGGGGUCCUGGCACACCUUUGUGGUCACCCAGGUGCUUGGGAGAAGGUGCUCCCCUCGCACCAUAGGUGCAAACGCACCCACAAAAUUCUCCAUCCAGGGGCCGAGUACCCCCACAUUUCUGUGCCAACCUGGCCCUCCUGCCUCACACCAGAGGACCCUGAGAAAGGGGCUCUGUUGUUCUUGAGGAGGAGGAUCUUGCCCUCCUUAAGGGGUCUGGGAGACAGCCCUGCCCCCGGCCACACACUUCGCAGAGACACCAGGCACCUGGGAGAGAAAGGACACCCAGCCUUUCAUUGCAUCCGGCCAGUGGUCCGUCUAACCUAGUAGGGUCAGCACUUACUGGCAGUAACUCUGCCAGGAGACGUUCCCAGGUUUACCUGGAGAUGCUGCCGUGGGUUGACCUUUUGCAGUGAAAUUAGAUGCUCCUACCGCUGAGAUGUGGACCUUUCACAGAAAGGGAACCAGGCCUCUGGGAGGCAGGAUCCACCCCAUCUCCUCCCACAGGCACUCAGAGCACAUCCUUUCUGCACUUUGGAGUGGCUUCCCAUUGCUUCAUAGUUGGGUGUCCCAGGGGCCACAAGCAUCUAGUCUCUUCUUGCUCCUCGGAAGCCCCCUUUCCUGAUUCCCUUUUCUCUUCCUUCUGCUGAAGGGUUGUGAAGGAGGAGAUCUCCGAUGACAACGCAAAGCUCCCUUGCUUCAAUGGCAGAGUCGUUUCCUGGGUAUGAAGUUGGUACAUCGUCUCGCUGUGGGCACCCUCCCUAGCCUAGAUCUAACUGUGGGUUGGUUUUAAGCCACAGGUCUGGGAUCUUGCUUUGGCUCUGGGCACAACAGUGGAGGCCUCCUACCCUCAAGCCCUGCUUAUGAGCUUCCUGGAGGCACCUGGCUGGCCUUCUUCUUUGCCACAGCCAUGCUGGCUGGACCUGGUGGGGAGUACUAGUCCAAAACAUCUGGAGGGGCUUGUGGGAGGCCAGCCUAGCAGGAGCCUCUGGCCUCAUCCAGCAGGGCCCAUUUCCUCUACUUAAAUUCCUGGCGUUUGGCUUCUGAGGGUUUAUUUAGCGCCCAAACAGGUGGUCAGUCUUUGGGGAGGUAAGGCUGGGGGAUUAUGAUAUGUUCCUCAUUUUACCGUCUCCUUUUCCCUGCCACAGCUUGUGUCUUCUGAGAACCCCCAGCCUGAGCUCCCUCCCCCUCCCCCUCCUCCCGUAGAGGUACUACCAGAACCUUCGCCACCACCACCGCCACUUCCUCCGUUGCCCGUGGAGCGGACUAGUGGCAUUGGGGAUUCCCGACCCCCUUCCUUCCAGUGAGUAAGGGGAGACUGAAUGUGGGCUUUGGGGUUUACUGCUGGGUGGGUGUGCAGUGCUUCCGAGUACCAGUUGCUGGAAACCACAGGGAAGGUGCUCUUGUGCCAGGUCCUGCUUGCAGGUUUCCCCUAAUGGGCAUCUGGUUGGCCACUGUGAGAACAGGAUGCUGGACUAGAUGGGUCAUUGACCUGAUCCAUCAAGUUAUUCCUAUGUUCUUACAGUGUUUGACUAUUUGGGAUGCAGUUGGCGCUGUGGCACUGAGCCUCUUGGGCUUGCCAGUCAGAAGGUCAGCGGUUUGAAUUCCCAUGACGGGGUGAGCACCCGUUGCUCUGUCCCAGCUCCUGCCAACCUAGCAGUUUGAAAACAUGCCAGUGCAAGUAAAUAGGUAUCACUAUGGAGUGAACGUAAAUGGUAUUUCUGUGCGCUCUGGUUUCUGUCACGGUGUCCCGUUGUGCCAGAAGCAGUUUAGUCCUGCUGGCCACAUGACCUGGAAAGCUGUCUGUGGACAAACGCCGGCUCCCUUGGCCUGAAAGCGAGAUGAGCGCCGCAACCCCAUAGUUGCCUUUGACUGGACUUAACCAUCCAGGGGUCAUUUACCUUUUUACUUUGACUAUUGCAUGCUGCAUAAAAGGAAAUAUUAGUUAUUAGAUUUAUACUUUGUGUCUUCCCCCAAAGGAGCCCAGAGCAUAAAUCUGUAGUAUUCUUCAGGAAAUUUCAUGGAGCCAAGUUCACAUUUUGUAAUUCAGAUUUAUUAACAAGGCAACCAAAUACAUUUUGCAGUCAAACAGAAGCAUACAGACAUAAAUUAUACGUAACAACUAUACAGUAUAUCAAUAAAAUAUAUUGGGCUGUACAAUACAUUAUUGUUUUAUUUAUUAAUUUUGUAUACCAUCCUUUAUCCAAAGAUUACGGGGUGGUUCAUAACAUUAAAACACAACAUGAGAACAAAGAAAUACUUUAUGCAAUAGGUUUUUCUUUUCUGGGCCAAGUUUGGGGACUUGGGGAGGUGCCCAUUCUUAACUCUGGUAGGUACUGUUGUGAUACAAUUCAGUGGUGGAGGCCCUUUCCCUGCUUUUGCAGCCCAAACAUCUCCAGCAGCCACGAGAACCUGGACCACGAAACUGAGACUGAGUCCGUUGUGUCGCUGAGGCGGGAGCGGCCACGCCGCAGGGAGAGCAUGGAGCACGGAGGUCAGUGGCCACCUGGGAGCACAAACUCUGGGGUCUCUGUGGGCUGCAGGGGAGGGUGUGCAUGUGUGUGAAGUGGACAUUUUGUGAGUCCACCUUACGCUUCUCUCCUUGCCUUUAAAAUAAAUAAUUAGGUGGGCACCGGCUAAACGGGCAGUCCCGCUUGGAGCGGCACCUGGCUGGGUACGAGAGCUCCUCCACCCUGCUGACCAGCGAACUUGAGACCACCAGCCUCUGCGACUCAGAUGAUGAUGACACCAUGAGCAGGUGAGGGGCAGAAAUGGGCCAGCAUUUUCGGUUGCGAGUAGCCAGUGGGUCCUUCCCCUUGGAAAUGCUUCUCCUGGGAUCUGUGGAGGGUGGGGUCUGAAACAAGUCUUGCUUUUCAGGGGGCUCUUCGGUCUCUUCCAGUCCCGCAGUCUCCCCAAGAGCAUUGUAUAGUCAGGAACGCUCACCUCCUGGCCCUAGGCAGUGUGGUGUGGUUAGAGUGUCCGACUUCGAGGGUUCAAAUCGCCACUCACCCAGGGAAUUCACUGGGUGACCUUGAGCCAGCCAUCACCUCUUAGCCUAGCCUACCUCCCGGAGCUGUCCCUGAUGCCAAGAAGAUGAAAGGUGGGAUUUGCCUCACGUGAGGCUGGGAAGCGGUGAGAUUCACCCAGGUUCAGGUGUCAAAGAACGGAGAGCCCUGCCAUCUAGCGGGAGUGAAAACUUGCACUUUACUGGCUGCUAAAUACAGUUGUACCUCGGAAGUCAAAUGGAAUGCGUUCCGGAAGUCCGUUCGAAAACCAAAUCGUAUUCCUGCAGCCAAUCAGAAGCCACGGAAGCUCGGUCGGAUGUUCAGGUUCUAAAAGAACGUUCGCAAACUGAAACACUCACUUCUGGGUUUGUGGCGUUGGGGAGCCAAAACGUCCGAGUUUCAGGGCAUUGGGAAUCCAAGGUACGGCUGUAUGUCACUUGACCAAAGGAAGGAAUUUGCCUUGGCUGGAUUAAGAAUUGGGUGUGAAAUCCUUGGUCCCACCUGCCUUUAAGCCUGGGAGGGUUACCCCCUUGCUGUUGCAGGAGGGUCCAUGAUUCUCAGGUGUGCAGCAGGCUCCUUUCUCAGUUCUGGGUGAUGAGCUCUAUUUGGGCUCCUGGGCUCUCUCUUGGCCAGAUGUCCUCUUUUCGGCUUGAGCGAUUUGCAGCAAGCCACCAAGAAUGAAUUCCUAUGCCCCACAAAUAACCCAGAGAUGCAAUUUAAAUAAAAGGGCACAUUCUACUCAUGUAAAAACAUGCUGAUUCCCAGACUGUCCGUAGGCCAGAUUUAGAAGGUGAUUGGGCCAGAUCUGGCCCCAUGGGCCUUAGUUUGCCUACCCAUGGGGUAGGCAAACCUCUUGGCAGACGAGAACCCCCUUUUCGCUGGAUGGUCUCCUUGCCCUUGAGACCUUACCGCGAGGAUGCUGAUAGCUAGAAGGUGGAAGGGAGAGACUUUGCCAACAAAACAAGAAUAGCAGGUGAAAAUGUUUGAAUAUGCGGAACUGACAAAAAUAACAGGGAGAAUUAGGAAUCAAACAACCCAAAAGUUCAGUAAAGAAUGGGAUAAUUAUAGAGCAUAUUUAAAAAAACAUAGUUCCCAUACGAAACCUUUAACACGCUUUGACUAACGCUCGCAAUAUAAUAUGGUAUAAAGAAUACAGACAACAUAUCUUAAGUUAAUUGUUAUAAUAUAAUGCAGUUAUUGAGGAAACAAAGGACCCAUGCUGAGAGAGACGGAAGUCUUAAAGGAUGGAAGAAUUUUAUUUUAUUUAUAUGUAACAUUUAUUUUUUGGUAACAUUUUGCUUUCUGUGUAACAUAUUUUUGCAAGUUGGUGGAUGAUGUGUUUUCUUUUUACUUUUGUGAUGCAGUAGUUAAAUUCAAUAAAAUAUACCGUAUUUUUCAGUGUAUAAAACUAGGUUUCCCCCCUAAAAAAUAAUGUCAAAAAUUAGGGGGCGUCUUAUACACGGGGGCAUCUCCGCCCCCCAUUUUCUUGAAUUGGAAAAAUUGGGGGUAUCUUAUACAUGGGGACGUCUUAUAGACGGAAAAAUGCGGUAUGUGUAUAUAUGGCAGUUGGGCUUCAGGGUCUCUCUCCUCCUCUUUCCUGGGCAGGUUCAGCAGCUCCACAGAGCAGAGCAGCGCCUCUCGCCUCCUCAAGCGCCACCGUAGGCGGCGGAAGCAGCGCCCGCCACGUCUUGAACGGGUAGGUUGGCAUGGGGGGUCUGCAGUGGCCAUGUGGAUUGCUGUUCCGUGGGUGAUGGAGGAGGCAGGAUCUCUUGUCCUGCAUGGAGGGCGAGAGGAGUAAGCUUCUGGGAGGGUGGGGCUGAUCCUCACUCUGAUUCCCCCUUUGCUUGAGGGUUUUCCAACAGGUGUCUUGUUGGCUGCUGUGCUACUUGGGCCAUUGGCCUGAUCCUGCAUCCAGGCUCUUCUGAGCUCCCUCUGCUCACUCCUUUCUUUCCCAACUCUUCUUUCAGACUUCGUCCUUCAGCAGUGUCACCGACUCAACCAUGUCUCUCAACAUCAUCACCGUUACCCUGAACAUGGGUGAGGGCAGUGCUUUUUUUUCUGGGGGACGCAGGGGAAUGCGUACUCCUAAACAUUUUGUGAAUCUAAGUUUGGCCUCAUUGAGGGCCAGUAUUUCAAUACAGUGGUACCUCGGUUCUCAAACUUAAUCCGUUCCGGAAGUCUGUUCCAAAACCAAAGCGUUCCAAAACCAAGGUGCACUUUCCCAUAGAAAGUAAUGCAAAAUGGAUUAAUCGGUUCCAGACUUUUAAAAACAACCCCUAAAACAGCCAUUUAACAUGAAUUUUGCUAUCUAACAAGAACAUUGAGCCAUAAAAUGAAAGCAGUAAAUAAUGUACUGCAGUCACACAAUCAAUCAGUAGCUGAACUGGGUUCCACACAGUCCCAGUCCCAAAAACAAAGGAGCUGCAAAAAUGCAAAAUUAAUAGCAAAAACAGACAGACCUCAGCGUAGCACUCCAAAUGGAAGUGUGGCACUCAAACCGGAGCACGUUCGGCUUCAGAAAACAAUUCGCAAACCGAAACACUUACUUCUGGGUUUGCAGUGUUUGGGUUCCAAGUUGUUUGAGAACCGAGGUACCACUGUAUGAGUAGGAAAAUGAGAGUACCCCUAAACAUUUUUAAAGAAGAAAAAAAAAAACACUGGGCAAGGGAGCAGUUGAGGGGGGUGAGGUGAGAGAGAGACUUGAAAUGGAGAAGGUUGAGUGGCCAAAAUGGGGGAUUGCAGAGGCAAUGGAAGGCAGGACUGUGCGUGUGAGCGAAUCACUACACGGGAGAGGGUUGAAGUCUGUAGGCUGGCUAGCUGAACAGCAAAAUGCCAGAAUGGGCAUUUUUAAGCCACACUGCAAGCAGAGUUCUUCUGGUGGGCAUAGCAUCUCUUCUCUACUUGUAUGAGAAAGUAAGGCAGGAACCUGCCAGGGGGGGUUAAGGGGUAGAUCAGGGGUGGGGGAGCCUGUGCCCCACCCCAAGCUCGUUGGACUCUCAACUCCCACCAGACCCAGCCAGCAGGGCCAACGCUCAGGGAUGAUGGGGGGGGCACAUCUGGCUCCUCCACGUUGACUUGGGUGGUCCACCAAUCCUCCUCUGCAGAUCUGCCAUCCUCAGUUUCUUCAUUUAUUACAGUGGCGUCCAAACGUUUUCCAAAGAGGGCCAGAUUUGAUGAAGUGAAGGGCCGUGGGGGCCGACCAAAGUUGUUGAUUUUUUAAAAGGAUUUUACCCCAAAAUAAACAACCCCCCCACACACUCACAACUAAAGGCUAUAGAUGAAGUGAACAUGCAAGAGGGCCAACCAAAGUUGUUGAUCUUCUUUUAGGAUUGAAGUUGUUGAGUUUCUUUUACGGUUGGAGUUGUUGAGCUCAUUUUACGGUUUGAAGUUGUUAAGGAUUUUUUUAGGAUUUUUACCCCAGGAAAUAAACAGGGGCCAGAUUAAACCGACCGGUGGGCCGGAUUAGGCCCCUGAAACAGACUUUGGACAUGCCUGAUUUAUUAGAAUCAUUUAUUAUCAUUUAUUAGAAUCAUUGGAAGGGACCCCAAGGGUUGUCCAGCCCAACUCCCUGCAGUGCAGGAAUCACAGCCAAAGAAUGCCUGGCAGGUUGCCAUCCAGUCUCUGUUUCUAAACCUCCCGUGAACACCUUCUAGUUAAUUGCUGGACUUGACCUCCUUUAUUCUCCCCCCGCCUUUUUCCUGAGCAGAAAAGUACAAUUUCCUGGGCAUCUCCAUCGUGGGGCAAAGCAACGAGCGAGGAGACGGGGGCAUCUACAUUGGCUCCAUCAUGAAGGGCGGCGCGGUGGCGGCAGACGGCCGGAUCGAGCCCGGGGACAUGCUGCUGCAGGUGAGCCCGGCGGCUGCAGGGGGAGAGAGGACGCUCCUCAAAGCCUUUGGGGAGCUUCCUUCCCGUUUUGGGGGGCUGAGGAUGGGGAGAGAGCAGCGCCCCGGAGCCACAGCAUCAAGCCGGCCUAGCAGUGCUUGUUUCUUCUCUGCCCCAGGUCAACGACAUUAAUUUUGAGAACAUGAGCAACGACGACGCCGUGAGGGUCUUGCGGGAGAUUGUCCACAAGCCUGGGUGAGUGGGCUUUCCCCCGGGCACCCUCCUGAGCGCUGGGCUGCCUUGCGGGGGCAGCCUUGAGCUCACGCUCGCCUUUCCUUUGCAGCCCGAUUGUGCUGACAGUGGCCAAGUGCUGGGACCCUUCCCCGCAAGGCUAUUUCACCCUGCCUAGAAGUAAGUGGCCGGGACCCGUGUGUGUCCCCCCCCAAACCCUCGAGCGGCUUUGCUCUGAUUCCGCCAGACCCAAAAGGAGUGAAAUGGCCAUAGCAGGCCACAGGUCCCCCUGUCCCCCAAACCUAAGAUGUUUUGCCAAACAGCCGGGCCUGCAUAGGCAGAGUUUGGGCUCCGGAUCUGGAAAUGUCCUGGUUCUAGGGCCUAGACUCUGGGAUGGGGGAGAGCAGGGCAGGCCGGGAGCCUCGGUUCGCUGGGGAGUUUCCUAAGGCUUCUUCCCUGUCUGUGUUGCGUCCAGAUGAGCCAAUCCAGCCUAUCGACCCAGCGGCUUGGGUGUCCCAUUCAGCUGCCCUGACUGGGGCCUUUGCUGCCUACCCUGGGAGCAGUUCGAUGAGCACCAUCACCUCGGGGACCUCCGUCACUGAGACUGAACGUGAGUGACCCAUAUCGCUCUCCCCUGAUUAUUACCCGGGGGGUGGGAGGGAGAGGACAGGGGCAGGAGGAGGUGAAAGCCCUCUUCUGAAAAUCUCUGUGGCUCCUCUUUCAAGAAACACCAGGUGUCUGCUGCUGGACCACACUGUGGUAGGUUAAAAAAUAAACCCAGUGGGAAAGCCAGCACCAUGAAUGCAAUCCCAUAUCUGGUGUAUUUAUUUAAAAGCAGUUACAAAGCGCUAAAUAUUUUUUUAAAAAAACCUUUAAGCAGUAUAUAAUAUAGAAGAGCAAACGGUAUUAUUUGAGUAAAAAUUCAAUCUAAAUCCAGUAAAUCAGUGGUAUGAAGCAUAUUUAAAAGGAUAGAAAAGCUAAGACAGUGGUACCUUGGUUUAAGAACAGCUUAGUUUAUGAACAACUUGGAUUAAGAACGCUGCAAACCCAGAAGUAGGUGUUUUGGUUUGUGAACUUUGCCUUGGAAUAAGAACAUGUUUUGCUUCCUGUUGAGUGUGUUCCGUUUGUAAAUUGAGUCCCCUGCUGCUAUGGGAAAGCACGUUUUGGUUUACGGACCGACUAUCGGAAUGGAUUAAGUUCGUAAACUGAAGUACCACUGUAACAGAAUCUAGGCAUGUAAAGCAGUUUAGUCUUUUGGGUCUGGGAGAGCAAAAAGGCCAGUCUACAAGAUGGCUGAAGCAACAGAUGCUUUGCUGCUUCGCGUGUGAGAAGGACUUUCUGGUGGAAAUGCCUCUUCUUUGGAUCACCACCUUAUGAUAUUCUGCCGGAUGUGAUGCCGUGAGCAAAAUUUGCCCAGGCAAUCCAAGACUUUUGUCCAGGGGCAGGCAGCCUUUGGGUCACCUUGUCCCAGGUUUGUGAUUAAUCAGGUUAUUAGCCCUGAAGCCUGAAUGUUGGAAGAUUCAGGAGAGAUAAAUGAGUACUUCACACAGUGCAUAGAUAAACUUAGAAUCAUAGAAUAGAAUCAUAGAAUCAUAGAGUUGGAAGAGACCACAAGGGCCAUCGAGUCCAACCCCCUGCCAAGCAGGAAACACCAUCAGAGCACUCCUGACAUAUGGUUGUCAAGCCUCUGCUUAAAGACCUCCAAAGAAGGAGACUCCACCACACUCCUUGGCAGCAAAUUCCACUUUCGAACAGCUCUUACUGUCAGGAAGUUCUUCCUAAUGUUCAGGUGGAAUCUUCUUUCUUGUAGUUUGGAGCCAUUGCUCCGUGUCCGCUUCUCUGGAGCAGCAGAAAACAACCUUUCUCCCUUCUCUAUGUGACAUCCUUUUAUAUAUUUGAAUAUGGCUAUCAUAUCACCCCUUAACCUCCUCUUCUCCAGGCUAAACAUGCCCAGCUCCCUUAGCCGUUCCUCAUAAGGCAUCGUUUCCAGGCCUUUGACCAUUUUGGUUGCUCUCCUCUGGACACGUUCCAGUUUGUCAGUGUCCUUCUUGAACUGUGGUGCCCAGAACUGGACACAGUACUCCAAGUGAGGUCUGACCAGAGCAGAAUACAGUGGCACUAUUACUUCCCUUGAUCUAGAUGCUAUACUCCUAUUGAUGCAGCCCAGAAUUGCAUUGGCUUUUUAGCUGCCGCGUCACACUGUUGGCUCAUGUCAAGUUUGUGGUCAACCAAGACUCCUAGAUCCUUUUCACAUGUACUGCUCUCAAGCCAGGUGUCACCCAUCUUGUAUUUGUGCCUCUCAUUUUUUUUGUCCAGGUGCAAUACUUCACAUUUCUCCCUGUUAAAAUUCAUCUUGUUUGUUUUUGCCCAACUUAUGGAACUCAUUCCAGCAGGAGACAAUGAUAGCCACUAACAGGACUCUCAGUUGCUGUAGCCAGGAUGGCUGUGCUUUGCCUCCACAGUUGCUGAAAAACGCAGGAGGAGAGAGUGUUUUUUCUUUUUCUUUUUCUUUCACAUUGUUUUUAUAUGCAGGAUUAUCUUAAGUCUCCCAUCUCACUCCCUUGUUUCUGGGUCAUUCGCACCAAUUGCCUCAUUUGUCUUGCACAUCCACAGAAGAUCCCAGGAUCUGAGCAUUUUCCACACCUUUCCCAUAACAUUAUUUCUUUCUCUCCACCUUCCCCCCAAAAUACAUUUAAUUGAGUGUUAAUAAUGACAGGCAGCUGCAGAAAAGAAAGAAGUGAAAGCAAAAUGAGUUUUAAAAAAACCUUAGUUGUCACAAUUGUCAAUAAAGAAAUGUAGAGGUCAGCUCUGCAAUUUACUGAGUUGGUGGUAGAACAUACCAUAGAGGAAAGGGGCAUUGUGGCCUAUGAUUUUUACAAAGAGCUCCAUAGUCUGAACCAUAACGAUUUCAAUAUUUUUAUUUUAAAAUAUAUAUAGAAAAAGUAGACACUCUGAUAGACCUGUGGGACUUGAGCUGCUGCGUUUGCCGUUUGGUCUGAUUUCAUUUUAUAUGCCAAGAAGACAAUCUGGAGCGCGUUGGCCCCUGGGCACUUUUAGUUGCUGCAGAAAAAUGAUACCUCAGCUCCCCUGGGGGAAAGCUCGCUCGGGAUCUCGCAUCCCAGGGGGUUUGACGGAGGUCUCUCUUUCCCUUUUCCCCUGUCGUCCGACAUUCAGGCUUUGACGACUUCAACCUGUCCAUCCACACCGACAUGGCCUCCGUCACCAAGGCCAUGGCUUCCCCAGAGUCGGGCCUGGAGGUCCGCGACCGCAUGUGGCUGAAGAUCACCAUCCCCAACGCUUUCCUAGGUACCGUGCUGAGGAGCGGGGCAGGUGGGAGGGUGGAAAGGCGGCAGGGAGUGGGAUUCCCCUCCCCAGGCCCUGAAGCGUGGGACCCAUGCAGCCCUCCGUGGCAGCCUACCUGGCCCACCCCGGCUCUCUCCCUCACCCCUGUCGCCCACCCCUCCCAGGCUCGGAUGUGGUGGACUGGCUGUACCACCACGUGGAGGGCUUCCAGGACCGCCGAGAGGCCCGCAAGUACGCUAGCAACCUCCUGAAGGCUGGCUUCAUCCGCCACACGGUCAACAAGAUCACCUUCUCUGAGCAGUGCUACUACAUCUUCGGAGACUUCAGCGGCUGCGAAAACUGUAAGGAGGAAAAGGCUUUGCUCAGAACUGUAGCUGUGCUCCAGCCUUCCCCAGGCUCUGUCUGUCUUUCUUCCUUUCUCCUUCUCCUUCUCUUUCCCUUUUUCUUUCUCUGUCUCUCUUUCUGUUCUGAAUUACAACUCCCAUCAUCCCCAACCCAUGUGGAUGUAUAACAAUGCACCUGUUGGAAGUUGUAGUCAAAAACACCUGGAACCAAACCCACAUUCCUAUUGGGAGCGCAGCGGUGAAGGUUGCUUGGAGUGCAAGGAAACACGGUCCAGACAUGCUCAGAGGCACCCUGUUCUGAAUUCCUUCAAACAGGUUCUGGGCAUUCAACCUGGAUGGCCCUCAGCCCAAGAGAAGAGAUGAUUAAGGCAAUAAUAAUAAUAAUAAUAAUAAUAAUAAUAUUACUGUAAUACUGUAGUAAUACUAGUAAUAACAAUAAUAAUAAAUUUUAUUUGUACCCCGCCCUCCCCGGCACAGACCGGGCUCAGGGUGGCUAACAUCAGGUAUAAAAACAAUUGAUUAAAAUACAACUUAAAAACAAGAUUAAAGUACAUUAAAAUGCAGCCUCAUUUCAGUAGAAACUCAAAUCAAAAACUUUUUGGGGAUGAAAACGUCAAAUCUUCACCAACUAUCCAGACUGGUCCUACGUGGGCCAGAAAAAAGCCAGGGAAGUCCCCAAAUAGGAGUUCCAUCACAGGAGAAAGGAAAAAGGAAAGAGGGGGAGGGGAUCAAGUUGAUUCCAAGCCAAAGGCCAGGUGGAACAACUUUGUCUUACUGCGGAAAGAAAUCAGAUCCUGCAGGGCCCUGGUCUCAUGAGACAAGGGAUGGAAACAUCUGUGCUGGUGGGAGUUGUUGUCGGAAACAUCUGGAGGGUGCCAGCUUUGGGCAGGGGGGGUGAGAAGGCUGCUCUGUUCUCUGUUUGCCGGAUCUCACACCUGCACUGCCUUUGCCUGCCUGACCUGCUUGCAGCUUUCAGCUUUUGCCUUGUUGCCGAAAGCCCUAAACCUGGUCGCAGCUGCGGACUUUGUUGAAUUUUCUGCGUGCUCCAUGCCAUAGUUUGCCAGGCUGUGGAAUACAAAUGCACACUAAAUUGCACUGCUGAACUAGACCGUAUGGUCAGUCCAAGCCAGCUCAGCUCAGCUCAGUUUUGGGUUCCCCCUAGGCAGGCUGUAACAUGGGAGAGUCCUGAGGAGGAGAAUAACAUAGUUGCUAAAUCUCUCCCUCUGCCCUAUUUAAUUGUCUUCAGGAAUGAUCUGUGCCUCGUUCCUUUCCAUUCCAUCUUUUAAAAAAAUAAAAUAAUUUUUAUUAGUUUUUCAUUUACAACAAUCCAAUAAUAGCCUCAUUAUAACAACGCCAAAUUGUAAUGCAAAUCCUAAUACAAAUCAUUCAAAUACCAAAUUACAUAAUUUUGGUGGCCCCCUGCGUGCUCGACUUGAUGGUUUACUUUAUUUCUAUGUUCCAAAAUCUAACUGAUUUCAAUUACAUUCCUGUCAUGAUAGUAAUCCCUUAUACAACAGCUGCAAUAUUCAUAACUUCUAUUCUUGUUGACGCACUAAGUAAUUUAUAAGACUGCAAGUGCAGAUCUCCUACUUCCUGUGUGUGACAUUUAUUCUGUCCGUGAUGUUUCUUCCUGUCCUUUCCAUUCCAUCCUUAGCCCCUCACUGUUCUGCUUGACAGCCGAAAGCCAGUUUGAGUGUCUUGCUUUGGGCUGCCUCCUUGCAUGGAGAGCUAUCAGUGGCCGCUAACCAUGGUGGUUGUGGUCUUUCUGAAUUCCAGUUUCAGGAAACCACCGGAGCAGGGGAGAGGGCUCUUUCUGGUCGGAUCCUGAUUUUGGGUUUCUCUCUGCUUGGCCCCUGUGGGAACAGGGUGCUGGACUGGAUGGGCCUGAUCCAUCAGCCCGUCUCUUUGCAUUUUCUCCACUUGGAUGGAGUCCUCAUUCCCAGUUUCCUCCUCUUCUUCCUCCUCCAGACAUGGCCAACCUCUCCCUCAACGACAACGACGGCUCCAGCGGCGCCUCCGACCAGGACACCCUGGCCCCGCUGCCCUUGCCGGGCGCCACCCCCUGGCCUCUGAUGCCCACCUUCUCCUACCAGUACCCGGCGCCCCACCCCUACAGCCCACAGCCCCCGCCUUACCAUGAGCUCUCUUCCUACAGCUACGGCAUGGGGAGUGCUGGCAGCCAGCACAGCGAAGGUACGGGGGGGGGCAGCCCUGGAUCUCGUCUGGCCCUUUUAUUGUGUUUGCAAAUGGCCCUCGCUCAGAAUCAUAGGAGAGUUGGAAGGGCCAUCUAGCCCCAGCCCCAGCGAUGCAGGAAUCUUUUGCCGAAUGUGGGGCUCGAACCUGCAACCCUGAGAUUAAGAGUGUCAGGCUCUUCCGACUGCUCUAUUGGGGUAUCAGGGCUGCGGGCUGCCCAGUGGAAGCUGUUGGGUCCCCCAGUUGGGACAACCAGUUCCCAGCCUUGCGCGAUGCUCAUUCACGAGCAAAGGCCCUUCGGGAUUCUCUGGAUGAAUGAGUGAAAGUCCUGUGUGAGUGCCUGGAGGUGGUUGGAGGAUGGAUGGCGGCUAACAGAUUGAGGUUGAAUCCUGACAAGACAGAAGUAUAUUUUGGGGGUGUGGGUGUGGGGGACUCCCUGGUCGUGAAUGGGGUAACUGUGCCCCGGAAGGACCAGGUGCACAGCCUGGGAGUCAUUUUGGACUCACCGCUGUCCAUGGAGACUCAGAUCAAUUCUGUGUCCAGGGCAGCUGUCUACCAGCUCCAUCUGGUACGCAGGAUGAGACCCUCCCUGCCUGCAGACUGUCUCGCCAGAGUGAUGUAUGCUCUGGUUAUCUCUUGCUUGGACUGCUGCCAUGCGCUCUACGUGGGGCUACCUUUGAAGGUGACCCGGAAACUACAAUUAAUCCAGAAUGCAGCAGCCAGACUGGUGAUUGGGAGCGGGCGCUGAGACCACAUAACACCGGUCCAGAAAGACCUACAUUGGCUCCCAAUAUGUUUCCGAGCACAAUUCAAUGUGUUGGUGCUGACCUUGAAAGCCCUAAACGGCCUCAAAGGCCCAGUAGACCUGAAGGAGCGUCUCCACCCCCAUCAUCCAGCCUGGACACUGAGGUCCAGCUCUGAGGGCCUCCUGGCGGUUCCAUCCCUGCGAGAAGUGAGGUUGCAGGGAACCAGGCAGAGGGCCUUCUCAGUGGUGGUGCCCACCCUGUGGAACGCCCUCCCACUAGAUGUCAAGGAAAUAAACAACUAUUUGACUUUUAGAAGACAUCUGAAGGCAGCCCUGUUUAGGGAAGCUUUUAAUGUUUGAUGUUUUAUCAUGCUUUAAAUACUCCAUUGGGAGGCGCACUCCAUUGUUUCUUGAGACAGACAGCUGCCAACAACAACUAAGUCUUAUUAUUAGAGAGUGGGUAAGCACUGCUUCCCCUGACUUACACGCCUCCUCUCUCCCUCCUUUUCUGCAGGCAGCCGGAGCAGUGGGUCAAACCGCAGUGAUGGCGGUGGCGGUGGCAGUGGAGCUGGCCGAGGGGCCGGCAAGCCCAAGGAGGAGAAGGCGGGGGCCGACUCCAAGUCCGGCAGCGGCAGCGAGUCGGAGUACUCCAUUCGCAGCGGCAGCCAGCGCGGCGGGGUGACGGUGGGGCCCGGCGGGGAGGGGUCUUCCCAGCGCAGCCAGCACAGCCUGGGGGGUGGCAGCAUCCGUUCCCACCACUCCCUCCAUGCGGCCUACGCUGCCCCCGGGGGCAUCCCCCUAGCUUACAACCCCAUGGUGGUCAUGAUGGUCCCGCCCCCCGCCCCGCCCACGGCUGCCGCGGCUGUCCAACCCCCCGGUGCCCCCCCGGUGCGCGACUUGGGCUCAGUGCCCCCCGAGCUCACGGCCAGCCGCCAGUCGUUCCACAUGGCCAUGGGGAACCCCAGCGAGUUCUUUGUCGACGUGAUGUGAACUGAGGCUGGGGGGGGCCCUGAGCCCCACCUUGCGCUCACCGCCGUGGCCUCCGUCCCCAGAGCCUUCCACAACCCUCUGACCUCUGCCGGGGCUUUGUGCCCCCCCCACGCCACAAGAGAGCCUUUCGGAUGGACCCAACAUUUGCUUCUUGCCGUCAGUUGGCACAAUGCUGUGGUCCUCCGCCUCGGCCAGAAGCAAUGUGGCCCCCAUCCCCUUCCGUGGCGCGGCUUAGGGCUCGCGUGACCCACGCCCGCCUUGCCAGCAAUUUUUCCUACACCAGCAGAACCGUUUGCCUUCAUCCCGUGAUGUCACACGUGGCUUCCGUGGCCACAGGAGAUGGCUUGACGGGUCCUCUCUCGUUUAUUGCGUUCAAAUGGCUCCGCCUUCCAUAUUGUGAGCCGUCUUUUUUUACCUCUUUUUUUAGUACCGUGGCUGGCUUGGCCACUUUUUAAUCAUGUGACUCAGGUCUCUAGAAUCAUGUGACCUCUGCCUCCUGUUUUGUAUCUGCCUUGAACUGGUGUCCUCUGAAUUUUGGCCCCUUUUGAGUUCCGUGGUUAGGUGGCCGCCUUGGAAUGUCACAUGACCCAGGGCAACGGCCCAGGACUUCCUGUCACAUGACCUGAUCUGUUCUAUGGUUUUGUGAGCAGGUGAGUCUCGAUGUCUCCGCUUCUUAGCGGAAGAGUAGAUUCAUUUGAUCCCCAUCCCUGCACCCCACUUGAUCCCAAAAAACCCGGUGUCAAUGAAGUGCUCAUUUUGUUUUGUGCUGUUAUUUUUUUUUCUAUUAAAGAGGAAACUUAAUUUUUUUUAUUCAUGUUUUUGGAGUUAAGAUGGUUCAUUUUUUUUAAAAAAAACCUUCCUUUUGUAUAAAAGUCUACCCCCUGCCCCAGAUCUGAUUUUUACACUACACCCCCCCCCCCAACGUGAGAUCAUUCUUUUGGGUUUUUUUUACCGUGUGUUCCUAACACUACAACUCUUUGCAUUUUGAAGGGUUUACAACCAAAGUGUCACUGGCGACGUUUGAUUCCAGGGUCGCUGCCAGAAUUGUGCUCUUUGCCCUGUUUGUAAUAGAAAAUGCGUUUGUUUCCUUUGCAGCCUGUUGCUGUUUCAGCUGCUAAAGUUUUCCAUCCCGUGCGGGGGGCGGAGGUAACUUGAGGCAAAAUUCCAACAUCCUUUGCCCCCCGUUUGAAUCCCAGGGAAAGACCAGGCCAUUGAUGUGGGAUAGGAGUUCUUUUGGGUCUUGGGCACAGAGUUCAGAUUCCAUCUUCUGACUGUACAUAAUAAUUAUUUGGUUGGCAGUGGAGACUGGAUCCAAAAGUUCUCUUCUGCCAACAAAAGGAGGAAUACUUUCUCUGUCAUACAAAGGGGGAACCUCUUGGAUCUAAGCCUGUAUGGACAUCUUGUGUGCGACACUUGGGAGAACACGGCUUAGGACUGAAAUGCGUCUGUUUUGCUCACAGGUGUCCCCCCCCCCAAGCCCUUAAAAUUAUUUUUAGAGAGAGAAUUCGGUUUUGAAGCCUUUCACUGGGCAGGAUCUUCAGGUUUAUAGUUCACGCUUUGCCUUGCGAUGUAGGUGGGCAGGAGAACAAACCCCAAAGAAUCUCCACCUGCAAAUUGUCGCAGUAAGCCCUAAAACCAGGUUUUAUGGGGCCCGGGCAGAUUGUGCCCGCUUUGCUCCUUCCCUCUCGAGCUGGGGAGAAAGAAACCACAAUUCCUGCCUUAGUAUUAUGCCCGAUAAAAAAACCUGCACAUUGCCUUUAAAAUGUAAAAAUCUGGAUGGGCAUGUUAGCCCCCCAAAAGAGGACAUAGCCGGGUUUUCCCGGACGUAUGGCAACCCUAUUCUAGGGCCAAAUAAGCCACCAUCUCCUAAGCCAGGAUUCUUCAUUUUUUAAUUGCAGGAGUGACUUGGGCUUAUGCAAAGUAAAGGCCUGGUUUUGUGGCUUUUGGAACACAUGAGUGAAUCGGGGUGGGAUGUUUUGGGGUUUGUGCAACACUUUCAGGGCCUUUCUAACUAGGGACGCCCAGGAUAAGAGCUGAGAGCCGAGAUUCCUCCACACUUCCAUCCUCCCGGUUUCAGAAGCCAGGCCAGGGACUCUUGCAGAAUGUAACCUUUUCCUCACCUGGAUGGGAAGGUGGUUCGGCCGGCUGCGCUGCGCCUCUCAGUUUCCACACCCAAGCGCGGAGCGUGGAUGUUGAAAUUUGCCUCUUGUUACCUCCUGAGCGGUGCCAGGUAGUAUGUUGGUCUCGCUUCCUGCUCUCUCUCUCUCUUUUAAACUCUCCUGUCGCUGCCCCAUCCAGAGUUGUAGCAAUUCUCUCUCCCCUGAAUCCUGCAGAGUCUAAUCCGGGGAAGAAGGGAAAAAGUGGAAGGGAGGAGGAGAAGGAUUCCAUCCCCCCCCCGCCCCACCCCGACUUGCCUCCCUCCCCAAACAGGGUACGAACUUCCUCUUCAAUGGUGCUACUUCUUCCAGCCUGCACGUUCCUGCGAGUCUUUGUCUCUAGGUUGCAGCAGGAGACACCCCCCUAGGGAUUGGGGCCCCUCUCCAGUAUUUAGCCCUCCCCUCUUUCUAGGGGCCUGGGUGUGUGUGUGCGUGCGUGUGAUUGGUAGCAGAUAACUAUUUUGUAAUAACAUAUUUAUUUUUUAGCUCUUUUGUGUACAAAAAAAACCACCAUUCAGUAAUAAUUAAAAAAACAACCUAAUAAAACCAAA